AUGAGAGGUGUAUAUGGAUCAUUUGUCAGAUCGAAUAAUCAAAAUUUUGAUUAUAUUAUGUUAAUUGAUACUGAAGGGUUAUUAUCAACUGAAAAAGGCAAUGAAGAAUAUGGUCGUCGAUUGGUAUUAUUUUGUUUGGCUGUAUCACAUUUAGUUAUUAUUAAUAUAUCAGGUCAAAUCAGCGAGGAAUUAAAGAAAAUGCUGGAAUUAUGCGCUAAUUCAUUAUCGCACCUUGGCGUUGAUAUAGUUCCAAAACCUGUGGUUCAUUUUGUUUUAAAUCAACAAUCUAAUCCAAAUAGUAAUAAUCAUCUUGAACCUAUGCAAAAAAUUUUAACAGAUAUCAAGAAAGAUAAAUUAAGUCAAAAGAUUGAUAUUCGACCAGAAACAUUUCAUACAUUACCAUCGGCAUUUCAAAAAGAACGUUUUUCUUUUGAUCAUAAUGAUAAUGAAAAACCAAAUAUUUCACAUACCGAUCCAGAAUUUCUAGAAGAAACACAAAAACUUUGUAAUCUAGUUAUUCUUUCAGCCAAAUCCUAUCUUGGACGUGUUGAUGAACAAUUUUCUGAUUCAUCUGGAUGGUUAAGAUUUGUUAAAACUAUAUUCGAUACAUUGCUAAAAUUUCCCGAUUUAACAUAUUUUACAGAUAUGAAUGAAAAAAGACAAGACGCUAAUAUACGUCAAUAUCUUGAAAAUAAAUUUACUGAUUUAUUUAGUCCUAAAUACAGACAAGAAUUGAUUGAUCAAACGUCUCGUCAAAGUGAAAGGUCAAUUACGGAUUUAUUUUUUGUCGAAUUUGAUAAACAUUUAAGAAACAUUGAACAAGAUUUAGAAAAUGUUCUUCAACUUAAAAAGGUAGCAGAAAGAAUUUGA